AUGUUAUUGGUUGAGAAUGACAAUCAAGGUAAACUAAAGUUCUAUUGUCAGACUUGUCCCUACUUUUUCGGUAUCAAUAACAAGGUGGUUUCAAAGGUUCCUCUAGUUCGUAAACAAAUAGAUUCUGAUGUGUUUGGUGGUGAUGAAGCUUGGAAUAAUUCACAACAAGUAGAUAUUGAAUGUCCUACUUGUAAAGUAAGAAGAAGAGCACAUUUGAUGGAAAUUCAAGUAUACCCUGCCGAUGAACCAAAGACUGCUUAUUAUAAAUGUACAUAUUGUGCAACGAGAUGGAGAAACUAA